UACCAAAAUAUCUUCACCUUUCCUUACUUCAACAUAUUACAAUCUCUAACAUUUGAUGAGGUAGGUUUUUUAUGUAUUAAAAACUAACAAUAUGUCAAUGAGUAAACAAAUAUUAAAAACCAAAUUAUAUAUCACAUAAUGGAUUCCAUCAGCGAAUAAUAGAAACUUUAAAAAUUAUGGUUUAUAACAUGAAUUUACUCCAUAUUUAAUCCAUCCAAUUGGAAGGGGUUGCAUGUAUGAGAGCUGUCAUAUUUGUCUCUGAGUUUGCUCUAUUUUGCCACAAUUAUUUAGUAAAUAUGAAAAUAAUUUGCUUGAUAUUAGUUUGGUUAGUAAUCAAAGCUAAAGCCUCAAUAGAUAAUAACUUCUUUCCAUUUUUUGCUAUAACGUCAAUUACAUAAUUUUUUUUUUAAAGGUAUCAUGAUAAAUGACAAUUUUCUUGCCUUUGACUCUUUUACUGUGAAUUUUUAAAUUUUUUAAUUGAAUCAAAGUGGGAAGUCAGUUCAAUGAUCUCUAGAAAAUAGAAUAAUGAGAACUUCCAAUUAUUUCAGUGUUCCAUACAAAACUGACAAUUUGCUUUUAUGGUAGCUUUCAAAGGAUGGUAGUAUCACAAGAUUUGCAAAAUUUUCCAGUUGGUCAGUUGGAAAUAUUUUAAGUUCAAAGGGCCCAAUGCAAAAUUUAUGUUAAAAAAAUUAUCCAAAUGACACUGCAGUGUGAUCUGCACAAUUUUCAGAGGUAAUUUUACUUUCCAGUUUAUUAUAGUCAGAUUCCUGCUGUGUUGAACAGCUAGAAAGAUGGAAAGAGUUUUUAUUGAGGCUGAAAAUAAAAGGUUCUUAUUCUUUAAAGCUAAAGAGAGAGAGACAAGUAAUUCAAUUAAUUUAAAUAAGUAUUUAAUGUGUUAAUGUGUUAAAAGUUGACGGUAUUUCACAUAUAUGUUAUAAGAAAUUCUGAUUUGUUAAGUUGCAUCUUUGAGUCAAUAAAUCAGUACAGUGAAAUUCAACUUGCUAGUUUCCAGAAUGAUUUAAUUUAAAAACAUGUGGACAUACACAUUAUUUUUGGCUUGGUGGGAUUUAAGACUGUAGACCAAGCCUGCACAACUCAAAAUGUUAGUCAGGCCAUUAUAUUUUAUGAAAAACUUUUGCAGGCCAAAAGAAAAUUGGACAGGGGAGAAGCUAUUAAGAAAAUAAAGAAUAUUUCGUUACUUCGCGCGCCGCAAAGUGGGUGCCUGGCUUUUCUCUGAAUGGGCCUGUGUAUAUGUGUGUUAUUUUUUUUUAGAAAAAUAGAAUUACAGCCUUACAAAUUUAAGUAAUAGUAAACAAUAUAACAGAAAUAGUGUUUAAAAAAAUUCAUUGAUAUUUGGCAGGUUCUCUAUACAGAUAAAUCUAUUGUUGCUUCAGCACCAACAGGUUCUGGGAAAACUGUUAUUUUUGAGCUAGCUGUCAUUCGUUUGCUGAUGAAGAGUGAAAAUGUUGCAUCGUGUGGCAAAAUUGUUUACAGUAAGUAUUUUGGUGCUCUAAAAAAAUAUGGAGUAUAAAAAUUUAAUUGUAUCUUACAAGUAUUUUAAAAUUGUAAAAUAUAUAACUCAAAAUGACAAUAUGCUGAUGAGUUAACAAAUAUUAAAAACCCAAUAAUGUAUCCUAUAAUGGUUUCCAACUGUGAAUAAUAGAAGCUUAAAACAGUUCUGUGUAUAUUAAAAAAAAAAAAAAGCUUUCAAAAUUAAUCACUCUCUAACUUCAUUGUCAUAGUUUAGACCAAGAUUAGGGUUUAUAAUAUAUUAUUAAAAAUCAUUGAAAUUACUUGUUAUAUAGCUAUAUCUAACACAAGGAAAACUAACAUGUCUGUUGAGCUUCCUGUCUGCAUUUUAAAUGAAUAGCUACAAGCAAAACAUCUCAAUUCAAGAAACAUGGGCCUCAGGCAUUGACAACAAAGGGAAGCAACUGUGACAAUACAAUAGGCAAAUCAGAACAGUACUUAACAGAAAAAAAAUACAGAAUUGCUUUUAUUUCUGUUAAUUAAUAUUUUAAGAUGGCAUAUUAACUGAUGAAAAUUAUUAAUUCACUAUGUAUUAGAUAACUUCAAAAUGCUUUAUACUAAAAUUAUUUUAAAAGAUUCUUUAGAAUGAAAAUCAACAAAUGUGUUAAAUACUAAUUCUUUUUUGUUAAAACUGUCUUAUAUUAUAUACGUAAAACUUAAAAGAAUCUUUUCUACAAAAAAUGUUUCGUAGUACUAAGAAAAGAUUUGUUUUCAUUUAUUUUGAAAUUAAACUUCAACAGUAUAAUUGGUCAGGGCUCAUUCUAAAAAUUUUGAUCCAAAGGGAAAUAAUUUUAAAACAGAAUAGUUUAAUGGAAAAAGUGAGAAAAAAAAGCUAUAGAAUAAAUAUUGUAAUAUUGAGAUUGCAUGCUAUACUUAACAUUUGUAUAACUCCUGCUCAACAGUGGCACCUAUGAAAGCACUGUGCACAGAAAGAUUCCAAGAUUGGGCAACAAAGUUUAGAUGCCAUGGUCUCAGUUGUUUAGAAGUGACUGGAGACUCAGAAUUUGAUGAUUUGGGAGAGUUACUUCAUGCCAGCCUCAUAUGCACCACUCCAGUAAUUGAUACAUUGCUAGGUUUGGUUGGGGGGGGGGGAGGAAUGACAGGGGUGGAUCCAGAAAGAAUAAUAAAGGACUGGGAAGAGGCAACAAUGAAACAUUAAUAUAUUUUAAAAUAAAUAAGUUUAUGUAUAAUACAUUUAUUUGUAUUUUUUUAAAAAUUAUGACAUAAUUACUAAGCGUAAAUUUCCUUAAAUGAACAUCUUUGGGAUCGUAAUUUCAUUUUUUUCAUUAAAAAAAACCCAAACAUUUUAUGCUAGUAGGAGUAUAAAUUUAUCGCAAUUUAAAAUUGUUGAACUUUUCUGCUAAAUUUUCAUAGUUCUAGAAGUUGAACAGUUUGUUAUUUGACCAAUCUUUAACAGUUUGAACAAGUAUUGAAUAAUGAUGAUAUCAAAAUAUGUGUUUGGUUAGAAAAAAUUUAACAGCUUUCAAGAAAUUAUCUCUGCUGUGUAUUUUUAACUCUGAAAGGAGAAGUCUUGACCAUCCUUAAAUCAAUUGCUAUUCACUUUAAAGUAGCUGCUUUUAUAUCAGCAACUAGCUUUUUGAAAUUAAUUAGUUUUAUAAUUUUUGAAUGCCUUGAAUAUUGUAAUUGUUAUAUACAUUACUGGCAAAAAAAUGAAAUGCAUUUAAUGGAAUGUGCCUAAAAAAUGUAUGCUGAGAAUAUCUUAGAAAAAUGAUAAUGCUACUACUCCAUUACUUGACAGGAUAAAUGGGAUAGCAUGUUCAGGAAGUGGAAAGAUAAUAAGCAGCUCUUUCAUCAGAUUAAUUAUUUAAUAUUUUGAUUUGCUGCUUUUUUUUUUUUAAAUGAUAAUGCUACUACUCCAUUACUUGACAGGAAAAAUGGGAUAGCAUGUCCAGGAGGUGGAAGGAUAAUAAGCAGCUCUUUCAUCGUAUUAAACUUUUUCUUAUUGAUGAGGUAUUUUGCAACUUUAAAAGUCUUCAAGCUAUUUGUUAUUUAUUGAUUUCUAAGAUCCAAGUACUCUUAAAAAAUAGAUGUGUUUUUUAUCCAUAAUUUAUUUUCUAUAUUAAAGGAUGGACCAGAUUCAUCUUAACUAGCAGCAAAUUGUAAUCCUGUAUAAUUAACAUAACCAGUAUUGAGUAACUAAGAAAUCAUGAUCAUCUGAUCUUGGUAGGAUAACGAAAACAGAGAAUGUGUACACUAACUUAAAAUAUCUCACCUAUAUUUGGAUCACUUAAUUUAUUUUCUUUCCUUCUCAGAUCCAUACACUGAAUGAUCGAAACAGAGGAGCCACAGUGGAGGCUGUAGUAAGUCGGAUGAAAAUUCUACAGUCUGCUCACAUGAACGGAGAUGAACAUUACAUUCGUUUCAUUGCUGUCUCAGCUACUAUGCCCAAUUAUAGUGAUGUAAUGCCAUUUUAUUUUUUUCUGUAUUCUUAUUUAUAAAAAUCAGUAAUUCAUACCCUUAAGCUCAACCUAGAACUUAUUACUCUAUCAGAAUUAAAAUGACUUUAACGGUGAUUGUUCCAUAUUUACAUCAGACCUGCCCUUGAUUUGUUUGCGUUCUUUUGAACUUUAUAUUUCAGCUAUUUUGGUCACACUUAUCAAAAUUUAAAAUUUACAUAUAACAUGACAUACUCCUUAGAUUUCUGAAUCAGUGUCAUUUGUUAGUAUCUAUAGUGUAAAAGAAGUUUGGAUGGUAGGGCACAAAUUCAAAUUUUAAAAACGAAACUUAAUUACGGAAUUUUCAUUGCAGAUUGCAGAGUGGUUAGGUCAGCCAUCAAAACCAGCAACAGCUUUCAAGUAUGAAUUGCCCUAGCCCAGUGGUUACAGAUUAUGCAGUUGAAUAAUAAUGAUAAUUUUGAACACAAUGAUACAUUCUUUGAGACAACCCAAAUAAAAUAUUGAACAAAGUCUGAGUUUUUAUGAUAAUCUUUUAGUUUUAUAGUAGGAUUGGGACAAGCAAAAAUACAUGAUACUUCAUUAAAAUUUGUCCUUAUCUCUUACAGCUUAGGGGAAUCAUUUAGACCAGUUAAACUUGAAAAGAUUGUGCUUGGCUUCCCUUUCAAAGAAGGCACAUCAGAUUUUCGUUUUGACAUGAAUCUGUCUUAUCGUCUUAGGGCAGCUAUUGAUACAUAUUCUCAUUCAAAGCCAACACUUGUGGUAAGCUUUUUCCAGUUUAUUUUUUAUCUUUAUCCUUUCUGUUUAAGAGGCAUGACUAGAUAUAAAAAUAAAUAAAUGUGCAUCAGAACACCAUCAAUCAAAUUAAAAAAUUUAUAUGACCAUUAAAAAAAAACAUUUUCCCAACAACGUUAUGUGCAAUAAAUGUCAUAGUAAGGAAGCAAAUUAUCACAAAUGUACCAAAGAAAAGCCAAAAAUUUACAUUAUUAAUCAUUUAUAGCACAUGUUGAGCUGUUCCAAUUAAAUCUUUGUAUGCUCUGAAGUGUUUACGAGCUCAAAUAGAUAAAGAUUAAAAAAAUCUCUACUCAAAAUAUGUUCAGCAAGAUAACUGAAAUAUAAAUAUGCAAUUAUUAAGUGCAUCUUAAAGACGUUAAAGUUCCAAGUAACUAUUAUUAUUUUUUAUUUUAAAAUAAUAAUCUUUUUCUUACUUGUAGUAAACAUUGAUGUAAAUUACAAUUUCUUAUGGAGUUUUAAUUUAAAUUAUUGUAAUUUACCUGUUGUAAAAAUAUUAAAUAGCCUUAAAAAACUACUGCUUUUUUAUAUAUUCUUUGUUUCUGUAAAUCAGUUUUGCUCAUCUCGCAAGAGUGUAGUCCAGUCAGCUGAUGUCUUAGCAAGAGACAUGAGAAUCAGUAGUUUCUCAAUCAAUUUUAGUGGUGAAAUACUCCAGAAAGCUGCCAUGACAAUUCAUGAGCAUAAACUAGCAGGUAAAUAUAACUUUCUAUAAUGAAGUGGGCUAUCCGUACCCAGGUACCAGAAGUGAGAGCACUGAGUCAAGAUGGACCCAGACACGCAGCGCCGCCAUUCGCACCCAGGUACCAUUAGACUCAAGCUAUUUUGAUGUCUUUUGUGGUAGUUUAUUUAAACUGAAGAAUUAAGUUUACAAACAUUUAGUCCAUUCAAUUAUCUUUCAUUUGAUAUCUCAUUUUGUCUUACAAACCCAACAAUAAUAUUUUAAAUAGUUUUUUAACCCCAACCUCUCACUUCUGGUACUUGGGUACGAAUAGUGGCAGCCUUUCUAAAAUGUUUAAUUGAUGAAAAUCUGUCUCCCCCCCCCCCCCCUUUUUUAUUUGGUCUUCUUUUUUUACUAUAUUAUUAAUAUUUGUGAUCAUAGCUUUAAAAAUAAAGUCUGUUACAGUUGAUUAAAAAAUAAUGCUCUUUGCUGGUUAAUAUAUAGUGACGUAUUUUGUUAUCUUUAUUGAUUAUUAUAAUAACAUUGCUUAAUUAGAACUACUCCAGCAAGGCAUAGGUUUACAUCAUGCUGGUUUAGACUCACAAGACAGACAUGUUGUUGAAGAACUUUUCAAAGCAUCACAUUUACCUAUUUUGGGUAAGUUUCUAUGACUUACAAAUAACUUGCAUAUAUGUUUUUAAUGCAGGCCGACACUAAAAAAUGAAAGAAAUAUUUAAGAAUGUUAAAAUAUUUGAUUACUCUCGGCAAAAAAAAAAAUUAAAUCACAUCCCCUUUGUACACAGCAAUGCACAUCAACCACCACUAUUAGUAUAAACAAAAAACAUAGCCCAAAAUCCCCCCUCUUCAAACGCCAAUGAUAACUAUUCUUAUAAAGUUAUUCAAAAGUGCUAAAAUUAUUUUCAUCAUAUUAGUUUUCACAUACUGUUAAAUAAAAAUGUACAUAAUUUUCUUUUAAUUGAUGACACACCCUAUGCUGAUUCACAAUGGUGUACAUAUGGUUUAUUCCCCCUAGGACAUUAGAGAAUGUCGUCCCCCCUUAUAAACUGUCUAACACAAAAAGUAUCAAUAAUUCAAGCAAUUUGCUCUUAAAAUUAUUGUCACCAUUUCUAUAAAUGAAAAAAAUCUAAAAACGAUAAAGUACGUCUUUAAUAAUACUUUAUACUUCAAAAAUGAUGUUGAAAACUCCAAACAAAAUUAAUUAUAAGGUCUGUAGCGUUUAUUAAUUGCAAAGUUAUUUUACUUUCAUAUUUCAAUGAUAAUUAAACUAAAGCAUUGAGCUUAGCAACCACAUUUGUUAUUAAAAAAAUUUGUGCAAUCUUUCUAUGAUUGGGACAAGCAGGAUCAUGGCACUAUCCUGUUAGUUUACUUGCCAAUGAUUCUCAAUUAAUCAUAAAUAAUUGGCAAUGGUUUUGGAAUCUUAAGCAACAUAAUGUAUGUAAGUCAUGUCUAAGAAAAAAAAUGUGUUCAAAAUCUAAGUAAAGUAAUCUAUUAUUCCUGUAACAUUACAGCCCAUGUAGGGCUUUAGCCUGUCUCACCACUUCCUUCCUUCCACUCAGACCUUACUGAUGCUUUUCUUUUCCAUGCUCAGAUUCCCAGCUGCUUUUUCCACAUCAUCCAUCCAUCUGAAGCUAGGUCUGCCUUUGAGUCGUUUCCUCAGUGUUUUUUUUGUGGUGUACCCUCUUCACUCCUCUGUUAUUUUGAAUUCUUUUUUAAGUGUCCAGCCCAGUGCAGGCUGCCCUUAUUUAUUUCCCUACUAGCAUGGGAUCCUGGUAUAGUUCAAAGAAUUCCUUGUUGGUUCCUAUACUCCAUCCAUAUUCAUUCUUUGAAAUUAAGAAAAUUAUUAUUGUAUUUCACAAUAACCUUUUAUGUCCAUAUUACUUUUUUAAACCUUCCUUAACUUCAGCACAUUUAUUAGAACUAAGACGUUCAGUCUUUUUAAAAUACUUUGUAAUUUGUCAAGCGCUCAGUGGGCCUUCCUGGCCAACCCACAUCAACAUUAUAUAUUAGAGCUAUUUCAGUCUAUAUUGUCAAUUUUAAAUUUUACAUCUAUUUGAAACAUUUAUAUUUAUAUUAAUAUGAUCUAAUUGUAUAUUUCAGUUUCAACUAGUACUCUGGCUAUGGGUGUUAAUCUUCCUGCACAUUUAGUUGUUAUCAAGUCCACACAUUUUUACAAUCUGGGUGCAGUUCAAGAGUAUUCUGACAUGCAAAUUCUACAGAUGAUGGGUCGUGCUGGGCGACCACAGGUCCUAUCAAAUAAAAUUUUACAAAAUGAAAAAUAAAAUCAUGAUUUGAAUUAGAAAUAAUUAUGAUAUUAAAAUUUGAAAUUUUGAAAAAUCAAAAAGAAUUUAACUUGUAAUUUAUACAAAUUUUAUAAUUAACAAAUAUUCUCCUUAUCAAAUAAAAAAGUUAUGUUUGUGUAGCUUAUCUUCUUACAUAAUCAAAAUGAAAGACUUUGCAUAAAUAAACAAGAAAACAAAUUAAAUGCAUUAAAAUUGUUCUGCAUCGUAUUUCAGUUUGACAUAUCAGCAACAGCUGUUAUUAUGACAAAAAGUCAUCUCAAGGUAUAAUUUUGAUUUCUACUUGUAGUUUUUACAAAAAUUAUCCCUAACACUUACUCAGAAAGAAAAAUGUCUUAAAACUGUUUGCAGUCACCUUUUUUUAAAAUUACAAAAAUGACAGUUUAAAUACUGUAAUGUAUUUUCAGACGAAAUAUGAAUCCCUUGUGAAUGGUACUCAACUGAUAGAAAGCAGGUAAUUCUGUUUUCCCCAUUUGAGUUGUUUUUUAAAUUUGUUUUAAAAAUAAACUUUUGAUAUUAAAUUAUCUAUUAAAAUGAUAUUUGAGACAAAUGUUUACAAAAGUAAAUACCUCUGGGAAAACAAGUUCGUUGAUAUUUCAAAGUUAUGAGAGGAACAACCAUAUAUUGUAUACAUACAGAUAUUCCAUUUUUAUGCCCUUUUCCCCCUCUUCUGCAUCCCAUUACAUUUUUAGACACUCUGCAUGCUUAAAAAAUGAUAGAAAGUGUCCCAUCUGUCACAAAGUAGCUUAUGUAUUUUUUAGGUUAGGACUUUUGAAACAUGAUUUUAAAUAUUUAUUUUAGAAUAAUAAUAAAAGCUUGUUAUAUUUGAACUAACAUAUGUGUAUGUAUGCCUAAUUAUAUUUCCUGGUUGUAAGUAUAUGAAUUUGUGAAUGGUCACUGCUAUUUCAGUCUUCACAAGCAUCUAAUUGAACACCUAAAUGCUGAAAUAGUUCUAGGAACUAUCAGUGAGAUAAGUCAUGUGAUAGAAUGGUUGAGACAUACUUUUCUUUAUGUCAGGGCUCUAAAGAAUCCAAGAAAUUAUGGUAAGCUCCAUUGCUGCUGUGUAGAGUUGAGACUGUUGGCAUUGCUGACAUUAAGAUUGCUCCUCUCUCUUCUCUGACAGUUUUUUAGUAUCUGAAUCAGUAUAACUACAAGAGUUGUAAAUAUACAAUUAUAAUGUAAAAUCAUAGUUAAUCUUCAACAUUUUCUUUUCUUUAUAAUGACAAUUAUUAAAAUGCCAAUCUCCUUAUCUUUUCCCACCCCCAAAUCCAAUAAAACAACGUCACAAAAUAAAUUGAGUGUGCCCCCACCAUCUCCCCCACUCUAACUAUAUGACAUUGUAUGUAAAGAACUCCUUAAAAAGUUUUUUCUCUCUCUGUUUAUCUUUUGUUAUUUAGUUAAUUUGAAAUAUUUUUUUUUUCUUUUAAGGCAACAUUUACUAAAUUCAUGAAACUAUAUUAUAUUAUUAGGGCUUCCUUCAAAUAUGGAAAAGAGGGAAGUGGAGAAAAAGCUUAUAGGUAGGUUCCAGACAGGAAGCCAGAUAAAUGAAAAAAUACAUUAUAUAUUAUAUGAGAUGAGGUAUUGGAUUUUAACAUAUUUUGUUUUUAAUUUUGAUGUCUGACAUGACAAAGGUCAUGCAACAGAUGUUAGUUCAAAACUGAGCAAGUCAUACUAUCUAAUAGUAUGUAAUACCCUGUAGUAUUACCAAGAUUUCAUGGUUACAUAAGUCAGUUUACGGCAAUACAGAAAAUGGAAACACACAAUUUAGCAUCAAGUAGCAAGGUCAGUGCUCUGAAAAAGAUUUGAAAAUUUUUUCGUGUGUAACAUUGUUUCGGUUUCAAGUGUGCCGUGAUAUAAAACUUACAGAUUUGACAAAUUGUGGGCUUUAAUUCUAUAUAAAUGUUAAUCAAUUUAACUUGGGUGAGGAGUGUUGAUAUUAGGAUGCAUAGUUUUGGUCAUGACACAUUGAUAUCUUUUGGUGUCACUUUCUUUAAUGAGUUGAAAAUUUAGAUUUUCUCAAAGGCUAAUAACCUAAAAAAGAAAGCAUGUCAAAAUAACUAUUAAAAUUAAAAUCCUGUUACAGGAUAUCUAGUACAAAUUAUAUAACUCUGUGCCAAAACAAAAAUAUCAUUUUAAUGUUCAAUUAGAAAUGUACAUUUUCCCUGGAUUUACUUACAUUCUGAAAGAAGAGUAUUGUUUAUUUUCACCAUUAGGACUAGAUGUGAUGGUUUCAGCACUGAGUCCAUAUUGAUCCUACAGAAGAAAUGGUCUAUAAGUAUAAGCUUUCAAGCUGUGGAAAAUUACCCUGCUUGCAAACAAACGAAUGUGAUCGACUGCACCAAAUAGAUUUGGUAGAAAAUAAAAUGCUUAUAUUUUCAGAAUCUUUUGGGGAUUUUCACAAUAGGACAGUUUUAUUCCUGGCUUGUAAUCAUAUAGAAAUUUGUCAUUACUCUUAAUUUAUGGUCAUUAAUAUGUUUUAUGUCAGAUCUUUGCCUGGAAAAAUUUCAUCUUCUCACAAGCUUAAAUCUUGUUUCCAUUGAUGAAAGUACUGGCACUAUUCAACCUACAGGUAUUGGACAUGUUCUGAUCACCAGCUAUUUUUAUUGUCAAUUCUAUGCAAUUUAAAAUAUAUAUGAUAUUUUCAUGAAGAAAUUGUGAAAUAGAAUAAAUGAAUAAUAAACUAGACUACUAAAUUAAGUUUUGCACUAAUUUUUAGCAUAUAAAAUAAAAAAAAAAGAAUUGUUUUUUAAAUUUGCUAAUAUAAUUCUCAUUUAUGAAAACAAUUUAAAGUCCCAAUUAUAUAUUUAAGUGUCUUUAUAUCUCCGUUUUAAGGAACUGGAAAACUAAUGGCCAGAUACUGUAUUGCAUAUAAAACAAUGAACCAGUUUCAUAAGAUGGGAGAAAAUCACAAAAAUAUUGCCGAAAUGGUAGGUUAUCUCCAGCCUGAUUUUCAUAUUCUUUAUAAUUGUUGCAUUCUGUAAUUGUUAUUUUGUUAAAUUUUCACAUUUAAAAACUGUAAAUUUGUACAAAUACAUUCAUUUAGAGGAGGAAUGGUUUGCAUUACUGUCGAUUUAAAAAUGUAUUUGCUAUUACUAUUAAAUCAACUUGUUAUAAAUAUUAAAUCAAUUUUUAGCGGUAAAUGUUUAGGCAAUGAAUUUUUUCUUUAAAGAAUGGAAACAAAUAAUUUUGAAAAUAAAAGCUUUGGAUCAAAGUUUAAUGUCACUAUCAUAUUUUAAAAACUUUUUCAAUUAUCAUGUUAAAAAGAAAAAAUCUAUAAAUUUUUUAAAUACAAACUUUCAAUUCUUGUUCCUAUCACUAUCAGCUAGAAGAAAUGGCUCAUUGUGCUGAGUUUGAAGAUAUCCAACUUAGAACCAAUGAGAAGAAAAUACUCAACUCCCUUAACAAAGACAAAAAUAAAGAGACUAUCAGGUUUUACAAAGCUUUACCGAUACUAAAUAGUAAAUUUAUAAUGUGUUUAAAAUCUUUGACAGGUUCAGCUUUAUCACCAAAAAAUAACAUAUCUUAACAAAUUGAAGUUGUACUCUUAAUAUAUUCUUUAAAACAGAACUUACAAAUCAGAUGCAAAACAACGACAAUUGUGUUCACAAGGGCUAAAUAAUAAAAGUCAGCUUUAAUAAUUUGCUUUUGCAACGGCUCCUUAACUUGACACUUGGCCUGCUAUAUUCAUGUAACAAUAUUUUGAAUUACCCCCUUUUAAGAUUCCCUAUGCAAGGAAAGAUUAAAACUGGACCAAUGAAAGUCUACUGGUAAGAACUUUUAUGAUUUUUUACUAACAACGUAUUUGUAAUUAUAUUAAUUUUUAAAAUUAAUUAGAUUAGUUUAAAUUACCAUAUUUAAUAGCAAAUUAAUUUGUAAAGUGUUCACAGCUUUUUUUUUGAAUUAUGAUAGUUAAUCUGUGGUUUUACAUGUAUCUCCAGCUUGAUUCAAGCCCAGCUCAGCUGUAUGUCUAUACAAGACUUCUCUCUGUCUCAGGAUAUGGCCAAAAUCUUUAGAGUAGGACAGCGUGUGGCUAAAUGUAAGCCCACUUGUUCACAUAUCCUAAAGGUUAUUUCAUCUUUAAAUAAGCUGAGUGGUGAAGCUGCAGCUGACAGUGUUUUUAUGUGUAUUUAUAUUUGGGUUUAUAAACUCUCAAAGACAUGCAUGUCUUGAGGACUAAAGCCUUUAUUUAGUUCUUACAGUGUUGUAUAAAAUGGUGUAGUAGAAGAAAAUCCUAAGUAAAAGUUUGAAGCAAAAAUCCUACGCAAUUCGUAAGAAAAAGCAUUUUUUUAAAAAAAUGAAAAUAUCUGAAAAUAUGCAAAUAGUACAGGUUAACAAUUUUCAGCCUAACACUAACAAUGAAUUACACAGCUAACAGUAAGCAGGUUACAUAACUCUGUAAUUACAGGCUCUGACAAAAUAUACUCAUUAAAAAUUAUAUUCUUGUAAUAAUGUUUCAUUAUAAAAUAAAUCACUUGGCAGGGUUUAACUUGUAUCACUUACCCCAUCUUACAUUCAGAAUCAUUGUGAGACGUGAGGGUUAACAUAUCGGUCUAGAAAUUACAUUUGUACUGUUAUCCAGGUAUGAUGUCUAUAUUAGAUGCACCCAUAGCAGGACAUUUACUUCAAUGUUAUAAACUAUAAGAACCAUUGAUUUGAUAGUUUAUCAAUUAACCGCUGUGUCUUUUAAGAUAAAAGUGCAUUGUAGAAUGUCUAAUUAUUUAAUACAGUUGAUAAUAACACACGCACCAAUUCCUAUGUGAGAAUUUAGCUCAUGGCAGGAUAGUUAGCCUACUACACAAAUUUUACAUAUAUUUGCUGGUUGGAUACUGUUGUAUCAAUAGCUUAUAAGCCCAUUGAAGUAUGUGUAACCAGAGCCAUAUAACGGUUGGUAUUAUGUUCAAGUACACUCUGGUAUCUAAUUCCGUGUGAGUGUAAGAAUUAGUGGAUGGCUGUAUGUUCAACCAUCACAAUAUCAUGGUUACUUACUUAUGCCUUUUUUUUUUACCCCAUCUGGGGCUUAGGCUGUCAACAAGAAUUUCCAUUUAUCUCGAUCCUGUGCUUUCCUUUCCAGUUGCCUCUAGGUGUAUCCCAUACUUUGUGGUUUUGCCUCUAGCUCACGUUUCCAUGCAUGCUUAGGUCUUCCUCUCUUUCUUUUUCCCUAUGGAUUCCAUGUUGAGGAUUGUCUAAUGAUGUUAUUUGGUGGUUUUUGGAGAGUGUGCCCUAUCCACCUCCAUCUUUUCCUUAUGUCUUUAUUAAUAGGCUCCUGAUAUGUCCUUUCCAGUAAGUCUUUGUUGGUGAUGGUGUUUGGCUAUUUGAUGCUCAGGAUCUUUUUAAAGUAAGUGUUUAUGAAGGUCUGUACUUUCUGCGUAAUGCUUGCUGUUGUUCUCCAAGUUUCGAAAUUUGUGUUGAAGAUUCUGAAUUUGGUUUGCAGAGUCAAAACAGAUGAGUUUUAAGGGACUUUUUAAAAGUGGACGAGGUUUCACAAUGACGGACAUGGAAGGGGAGCUGGUUCCAGAAAGAGAGCCCAUGGAAGUAGAAGGAGCGUUCACCGAUGAUCUUAGUUUUGGUUCUUGUGAUUGAGAGGGUUCUAUUGUCAAUACAUUUCCUCCCAGAAAGAUAUGUUCUUGGUUGGCUGAGUUUACCUUCAUGAUCUUUAUCUUGCUUUUAUUUAUAUUGAGUCCGAGCUGUGCUGAAAUGGUGGCAAUGUCUUUAGUCUUAUGCUGCAUUUGUUACUGGUUGUGGUACAGAAGUACAAUGCCAUCUGCAAAGUCUAGGUCAUUCAGUUGUUCCCAGGGUGUCCACUUUAUCCCAUUCCUCUUUUUGUCUUUGGAUUUUUUCAUUAUUUAGUCAAUGGCAAGGAUGAAUAGGAAGGAGGACAAGAGAUAUAUUUGUCUGACUCAUUUUCCACCUUAAAGGCAUCUGUCAGUCUACCUUGGUGUAUCACCCUGCAUGUCAUUUCUUCAUAAGAACUCUGAAUGAUCCUGACUAGUUUUCCUGGUCCAUCAUAACAUUAAUAGCAUGGUUACAAGUCAAAGUGACGGAGCUAACAAGUGAUUAAAAUACUGCCUAAAAUAAAUCUAUUACUUGACUUCUGGCAGAUUUACCACGGUAAAUUGACAAUCCUUGGAGAAUCCAACCCAAAGUCAAAAUCCGGGACUAAUCCCCUUAGACUUAUAUGUGUCUGUUCACAUUUUGUCUCGGCCAGCUCAGAUAUGCUUUCAUUUUUAUAUAAGUUAAAUGGUCUUUGAUAUUUUUAAAUAAGUGGGUGCCGUGCACAGCACCCCCUCCCCAAUGGAUGAAUGUGAAAACUCCCUUAAUUACUUAAUAUUACAAUAUCCUCCAAAGAUGCAGACUUACAAAUAUGCUAAGGUAUAGAGAAUAAAAUCCACUUUCCGACAAGAUAUAAUUUUAGCAUAAUACUCUAGGGUUCCAGAGAAAUAGAUUAUUGAACUUAUACAAAAAGCAAAAAUAGUGGUUUCAUUUCUAAGUGGUGGGGGAGGAGCCGUUCAUGCAAAUGUUGUGAUGGCCUAACCCAUAGGUCAAAUUUUAAGACAGUGUUGGGUGGUGAACGCUCUGUUUCGUAAAAGCAUGGCAUGGAAUUCCACGCACACAUAUAUUUAUAUAUGUAUAUAUAUUGAAGUGUUAAAUAUUUCAGAAAGAUUUACUUGGAAUAUGAUAUACAUUUGAAUGAACAGGGAAGCCAUUAAGUUUCAUGAGAAUUUAAACUAGUGCGCUUCAAUCUGGGUUAUUUAAAAUCUUAAAUAUCCAUCAACAAAGAUAAAGCAUACAAACUAAAAUUAUUAAGUUUAUCUUCAAAAUUGUUAUUUCUGAACAGGUCUAAUGGAACUGAUCUUUCAAGGUAACUGCUAUUCAGCCUUAUUACAUGCAAUACUUAUAUAUAAAGCAUUCAAGUGUAAGCUGUGGUUUGAUUCAAGAUAUGUGGCCCGACAACUGGAUGGCAUUGGUAAGUAUUUUUAUUAACCUGAGUAAGGUGAUUCAAAUUUAAAAUAAUGGAGAAUUCUGGUGCAACCCAUCUAAAAGACUAACUAACUACUACCAAUCAAUCACACUUUUAAAACCAUGUGUAAAAUUUCAAGAAGACCCUAAAGUUUACUUUUAAUAGUUAAAAUUAAAUAUUAAUUAGUAAAGUUAAAAUUAAAUAUGAAUUAUAGUAAAAUUUCCAUUCUUGGUUAUUCCCAGCAAAAUUUGUUGGACAUGAUUAAACAUUUAAUAAUGCCACUAACUCUAAAUUCCCUUUACAUAAACCCAAUCACACUAAAAAAACACAUAGCUCUAAAUCAAAACUAUACAAUUGUAUUUAAUGACUCGAUCUUAAAUUCAUAUCUUUAAAUGUCUCAUCUGGUAAAUAAGUGAUUGGAUGGUUUAAAGUUAUAUAGUAAUUGAUCAGUAAAAAAACUCAGUAAAUUUUAGUAAUUUUUUUUCCUCUAAUUUCAUUAAGUUUCAUAAAGAGAAUCUACUCAGACUCACAAUAUUAAUUUUACUCUUUUAUAGGUCCAACAAUGUCAUUGAGUCUUGCCAAUUCAGGAUUAUCAUCUUUCCAGAAAAUUGAACAGGCUAAUGCAAGGGAUAUUGAACUGGUAUGGUACUGGUACUUGCCUCAAGAUAUUAACAAAUUAAUAACUCUAAGAUAUUUAUCCAGACAUGUUUCCAAGUGUGGCUGGCAGUGUGAUGGUGAUAAGACAGUGGACAGUUUUAAAUUUGUUUAUUUUAUAAUCUUGAGAUCAGGUCUUGAGGAUUUUAGCUUUAUUUGGUCCUGUAAACAAAGCCAAAGAAAAAAGUAUCAAAAUCCAAGGAAGAAUCUAAAGAAUAAUAUAUAGAAAAAGUCUUUAAAAAAAAGGACACCAUAAACCCUCCAAAUGUGCCGAUGAACAAUGGUGCACUCUAGAGAGCAUGUACGUCACAUAACGACAAAGACGGUCUCUUACUUGUCCUCUAGCAGAUUUGUGGUAAAAUGACAAUCCCUAGAGAUUACAACCCUAAUAAAAGCCAAAAUAUUGGACCAAAACCCUCAAUACUUAAAUGUGUCCGUUUUGUCACAGCUAUCAAAGAUACACUUUUAUAUUUCUAUAAGUUAAAGUCCUGCUUAAAAAUAACUCAUGAAAAUUUUUUUUCUUUUUUUUAUAAUUGAGGAGGGCCAUUUUGGAAGAGAGAAAUAUAUCUGCAUCUCAGAAGUUGAAAAUAAGUUCUUUAUCAGUACUAUUUAUUUAAAGCUUGUAGUACAUGAGCACCAAAGGUAGAGAUGGAAUUAGCUCUUAUUAUUUUUAGAAAAAGAGUUACUAAUAAACUUUAAACAUGAAUGUAGAAAUAUUUCCCUUCACACCAUUGCAAGAGGGGUGGGAGUAAAAUGUAAUUUGUGAUCACUAUAAUGUGAAGGAAUAUUCAAAACUACACCAUGUUGUCAUGGUCUGAUCGCGUCAUGUUGUUCUGGGUAUGGUUGUGAGUGUUAGUGUUUUUCCCCUUUAAAUUUUCCCCCUUUAAUCCCAUGAAUUUUCUCAGUCACGGAUGACCGUGAUGGUGUGUUGAAUACAAACCACAUGAAGAAAACGAGUGUGUGUAAUUAGUGUGAUGUAUAGAGUGACCAUUGUUGUGGAUGUAAGAAGAUUAGUACAUUUUGCGAGGAGUUGUGUAGGUAUAUUUCUUGUUAUAAUAUGUGUAGGAUUUCUGGACACGUCUAUUUGUUCUGAACACAAGUGACUAUUUCUUAUGUUUUCUCCACUGUCAUGCAAAUGAAGCCAGUAAAUAAAAAGAAACCUGAAUCUUUUCACAGCUCUUUGUUGUUACUUGAAACAUACAACACAUCAGCUCUGAAGGGGCGAGAAGGAAAGGUGUUCUAGACACAUUUUUUCUGUGGCAUAACAAAGGGGACCUCACCUCUAGACAACGCACCAUCCGCCACACAUGUUUUUUCUUGCAAUAUUUAAUUUGCACAUGUUAGCUAUUAGAAAAGUAAAGUAAAGAAGUGGGUGGAAGCGUAAAUUUGGUUAUACACUUUAUUUAUGCUCCCUUCCUUUCCUUUCUUUUUCAUGCUUUUAGGGUACAGCUAUUCCUUACAGUCAAAUGUUCAUUUGUAAAUUUUAAUUCUAAAAAUCUUGGAGUAAAAAAGAUGCUAAAUUUUUGUUUGAAGUUGUAAAUUUCGAGAGCUAAUUGACAUAGUAAAGUUAUUUUUUAUGUUUUAAAAAUAUUUAAAUUAAUGUUACAGUAUUUUACUUGCUGUUUUGAUGUUCUGCUUUUACAAAUCCCAUUAAGUAUUCUCUGUUCUUGCUGUUUUGAUGUUCUGCUUUUACAAAUCCCAUUAAGUAUUCUCUGUUCUUACUGAAACUUUCAUCAUAUCACCCCAAGUUUUUCCACUAGACCAUUUAUAAAUAUAAUUUGAUAUUUAAUUUUGCCUUGUUUUAGAUAGUGAACCGACACCCACCAUUUGGCAAUCAAAUCAAAGAAGCUGUUUUAGCACUACCAAGAUAUGAACUCUCUGUAGAGCAGGUGUUG